AUGUCCGACUACACUUUCCAGGGCUGGGCCGGCUACGGGCCAGACAGCGUCCAAGGCCACAUGAAGCUCGUCGACUUUAACCCUCCCGCCUUUGACGACGACUACGUCGAUGUCAAGGUCCAGUACACCGGUAUCUGCGCGACCGACACGUCGCAGCUUGCCGGACACUGGGGACCCUACAACGGUCCGAUCGUGUGCGGCCACGAGAUUGUUGGCCAAGUCGUUCGUGUCGGUCCCAAGGCCACCGGCGUCAAGGUCGGCGAUCGUGUUGGCGUUGGAGCCCAGUGCGACUGCUGUCGCGAGUGCGAGUGGUGUGUCGCUGGUAAGGACAAUUUCUGCCCCGAUUUCCUUUACACGUUCGGCGUAGGCAAGUACUCGCGCGGCAUCAACAAGGGCCAGCAGAGCUACGGCGGCUUUGCAACCCACUGGCGCGGCCCCUCGCGCUUCGUCAUCCCCGUCCCCGACGGUGUUGACCCCGCCCAGGCCACCAGCUUUAUGUGUGCGGGUAUGACCGUGUUUGCGCCGUUCAAGCGUUUCGGGGUACCUCACAAGGCGCCCAAAGUUGGCGUUCUCGGUAUUGGUGGCGUGGGCCACAUGGCUAUCAAGAUCGCCAAGGCCAUGGGCGCCGAGGUAACCGCCAUCUCGCGCGGUGAGGCCAAGAGGACCGAGGCCCUUGAGCUUGGGGCGGACCAUUUCAUUCCCACCGGCUCGGACCUCAAGGCUGACCUGGCCGCGCACGCGCGUUCUGUCGACCUUGUGAUUAGCACUAUUAACCCUCCUUCGCUCGACCUUGAGGCGUACGCUACUCUCGUCAAGCCAGAGGGCACGUUCUGCCUCGUUGGCGUCGUUGUUACGCCUAUUCAGAUCAGCGCGACGCAGCUCAUCUUCGGAUCUAUCGCCGUUUCGGGCUCGAACAUUGCCUCGCCCAGCGACCUCAAGGAGCUUCUUCAGCUUGCGGCGGACAAGAAGAUCGAGCCGUGGGUUCAGAAGUACAAGUGGGAGGACAUGAACAAGGCCAUCGUCAACUCGAACAAGGGCAAGGCCAAGUUCCGCAGCGUGCUCGUCCUCGAGCAGAACGGCGGCAAGCUGUGA